CUCAGGCUUUCUUCCGGAGAUAUCUGGUCCUCAGAGCAGCUCGGUUAUAGAGUUGGACUUGAUAACAGAAAAACCAAAAUGGAAAGACAUUGUUGAAAACCACAAGGGGUAUUAUCAUGACACAGCCAAGAGAGCAUCUAGUCAAAUGACUCUGGCCUACGUGACCCCUUGGAACAACCAUGGCUAUGACAUCGCCAAGUUCCUUGGAGGGAAAUUUACUCAUGUCUCUCCAGUUUGGCUGCAGCUGAAGAGGCAUGCUGGCAGGAAUGUUAUCACAGGGGACCACGACAUCGACCAGGGUUGGAUCAGGGAUGUGAGGAAGGCCGGCAAGAGCUGCAAUGUCAAAGUUGUUCCUAGAGUGAUAAUGGAAGGGUGGCAUCGUGAUGACUUUGAAGAGAUUGUCAAUUCAGAAGUCAAGCGUGGUGAAGUCGCAAAUGACAUUCUGGGUAUUAUCAAGAAGCAUAAUCUGGAUGGCAUUGUGCUCGAAGUUUGGAGUCAGAUCCCCUCACAGGGAAUCUUAGAGAGGUUUCCUAGGGUUGUCCGUGACAUAGCCCAGAAGAUUCGUAAGGCUGGUUUCGUUUUCAUACUUGUCAUUCCACCACCAGUCUACCAAAGGGGUGUAAGAGGUUCCUUCACAGAAAAGGAAUUUCAGGCAUUAGCUGAUGAUGUAGAUGCAUUCUCUCUCAUGACCUAUGACUUCUCGUCAUUCCAAAAUCCAGGACCUAACAGCCCUCUAUGGUGGAUGCGUGAUUGUGUUGAGAAAUUAGUACCAGAUGCUACUUCCCCUAAUCGUGCAAAGAUCCUAUUGGGCCUCAACUUGUACGGUCUGGACCAUAGUGUUACUGGAGGUAACCAUAUUAUUGGACAUCAGUAUAUAGAUAUACUUUCAACAUACAAGCCCAAGUUCCUCUAUGAUGGAGAAUCACAAGAGCACUAUUUUGAAUACAAAACAACAUCUGGGCGUCGGACGGUGUUCUACCCAACUCUACAUUCCAUCAGCAAGCGAGUUCACUUGGCACAAGAAUUGGGCACAGGAAUAUCUCUGUGGGAAGUGGGUCAGGGGCUUGAUUACUUUUAUGAUCUUCUCUGAUUAAGGAAAAAAAUGCAGGGCAUGUGUUCUCCAUGGUGCUGUCCUAUAACCUGGACUGUGAUUACUUUCUUGGGGUUGUGUGUGAUUACCGGGGAUGAUUUAUUUAUUUGAAUGAUACAUAGUUGGUUAUGUAGCUUGUAUAAAAAGCAUUUGUUUCUUUACCUGUGAUUACCACAUGUUAUUUGUUUUGUAGAGUUGUUCACAUGGACCUGAUGCAUAUGUGGCCUUAUUGUUAGACUAUAUAAAUCCCAGUGUUUGGACUAGUGGUUGCAGACUGUGUGACAUUUAUGUGUGGGUUUUAACAAAAAAUAAUAAUAAUAAAUAAAUAAAUAAAUCUAUCAUCAGUAAUUGCAAUAUAAUUUGGUAAUAUGAUUUAAAGCAAAUUUUAAAUUUUAUAAUACAUUCUAUUUCUUGAUUUGUACUUCAGUCAUUGUCAUUGCAAAGUUUGGUUAAUUGUGUCCAACAUAAGUUUUCAAAAUCAGGAAUUUUUCUCAGAGUAGUAUGAUGCUAAAGUAAAGAAUGUGUAAGUAGUUGUUAUCAGUGAAGAGGGAGAAUGAAACAAUGUAAUGUCUUGUAUUGGAAAUGUAAACUGGGAAAUAGAACAUGUGUAUAUAAUGACAAUAUUUUUGUAUUGCUAUUAGAUGUGUUCAUAAUCUUGUUUGUGAUAUGGGGAAUAUGAACAGUGUCAGAUUAAAGAUAAGUUUUAUAAGACCAGUGAUAGAGAAUUGGCCAUGGUCACAAAAGAUAAUAGAAAUGGGAAUGUUGUGAUGAAUAUUCCUCAAAACCCUGAAGGAAAUAGAGGGUAUAAAAGAUAGCAGUGAAUCUUAUCCCAUUCGCCCCAUGUGGCAUCUAUUCUUGCCAUGCUCUCAAUGGACCCCAACACGUAUGGCAUCUAAUCUUGCCAUGGCUUCUACGAGCCCCAUAACGUUUGGCACGUGUUUUUGCCAUGAUGACUGACUACAGACUGAUUGUUUAUUUUUUGUACCUAAUAGAUGGCUCUUCUACUAGUCUUACUUGAUUGGUUGAUAAUUAUGUGACGUAUGUAAUUUAUGACAUAUGUAAUUAUGACGUGUAAUCAUGUGAUUUGUUCACACUAGAUUGCGUGAUUCUGAUGUACCUUGACCUGACUGGCUGGAAACUAGUAAUUGCUUUGAUUGGUGGAUCAGGUCACAUGGCAUGACCUGAUUGGUUAGUCAUGUGAAUAAAAGGUCAGUCAAAGGCUCAUUCCAGCAGAACGAUCGCAGCCAUGGAAGGUAUGAACUAUAGUCUCUCUUACAAGUCUCGUACUAAAAGAAAAAAAACGCUAAACUUACUCAGUGUGACCUCACAUAUCAAUACAAAGCUAUUUUUGAACAUCAAAGUGAAGCUAUAUCCACUUCUGCUUUUCUUCCUUUUCUCUUGAAUGAAAUUAAAAAAAAAAACAUGGUUUGAUCUCUCAUAUGGACAAUGCACUACUUCUGAGUAUCAAAAUGAUAUUUGGCUUGCUGCUCUGCUUCAUUUGAAAGUUUGAAAGAAAUAAAAUAAAAACGGCUAGGUCCAUAUUUUUACCUCUCGUUCAAAAACAACACUAACUUUUAGCAUCAAAGUGUUGAUGUCAUCUGCUAAUAUAGACAACUUGGAAGCGAUUCAGUAUAUCUCCUCAAUACAAAGGCGAAAAGAUGCCUAGAAAACACCAUGAGAAAAGUGCAGGUUCUACACAUUACAUUUAUAUAAAACCCAACUUUACAACAAAAUCUGUGGCCAGAUUCCCGCAAAAUUGAUAUGAUGGUCUUUGUGCAGCCGCACCACGCCAGAAAAAAUCCCGUUGCAGGGGCCCACGCGGCUGGCAACUAUUCCCGGGAGCGGGGCUCAGCGACGAGCGAAAAAUUCCGGGGCGAAUGGGUUAAGAAGAUGAGGAAUUGUAGAGCAAGGUGGACAAGAAGGGAACCUGAGGAGGCAGGACCUAGGGAACCAAAUGCCAAAGAUGGCAUGGAACCAAACCCUCAACUGAGAAUAAUUUUAAAACGAUAUGGAUGAAAAGGUAACCUGAGGGAAGCAGAUCUUGGAAAAGAGGAAGCAAAAGAUGUCAUCCUAUCUUCCCUGCAAUCAGAGAAAGUAAAUAUACUUACUGCUCCACAGCCCACCAUACACUCCCUAAAUGCUAACUGAAGUCCAUAGCCAUGUAGUCAUGCUUUGUCCAGUGAUUGUGCCUGAUUUCCUCUAGGAGAUAUUUUUGUAGACACUAAAUAUACAGAACACUAUUUUGUCAA